AUGAGCCUACUUAGAAUUACUCCUUCAAUUCGUAUUUCUGUUUCAUCUCAACUGUGGAGGCUUGGCAUCUUUCUACUACUUAGCCUUCCUGACUCAAAAGGAAAAGCCAUUUGGACAGCCCACCUGAAUAUAACGUUUCAGGUGGGAAAUCAGAGUAUAUCAGAAUUAGGAGAGAGUGGCGUGUUUGGGAAUCAUUCUCCUCUGGAAAGGGUGUCUGGUGUGGUGGUACUUCCCGAAGGAUGGAAUCAGAACGCUUGUAAUCCUAUGACCAAUUUCAGCAGGCCUGAGCGAGCAGACUCUUGGCUGGCCCUCAUUGAAGGAGGAGGCUGUACUUUCACACACAAAAUCAACGUGGCAGCAGAGAAGGGGGCAAAUGGGGUGAUCAUCUAUAACUAUCCAGGUACGGGCAACCAAGUAUUUCCCAUGUCUCACCAGGGAACGGAAAAUAUAGUCGCAGUGAUGAUAGGCAACCUGAAAGGCAUGGAACUUUUGCACUUGAUUCAGAAAGGAGUCUGUGUGACGAUCAUCAUUGAAGUGGGGAGAAUGCACAUGCCCUGGCUGAGCCAUUAUGUCAUAUCUCUGUUUACCUUUGCGGUUGCCACAGUGGCCUACCUGUUCCUGUACUGUGCCUGGAAACCUCGAGUGCCCAAUUCUUCCACCAGGAGGCGAAGACAGAGAAAGGCAGAUGUGAAGAAAGCUGUUGGACAGCUUCAACUGCAGGUGCUCAAAGAAGGGGAUAAGGAACUAGAUCCAGAUGAAAACAGUUGUGUUGUUUGCUUUGACAUAUACAAGCCUCAAGAUGUAGUACGUAUUUUAGCUUGCAAACAUUUUUUCCAUAAGGCAUGCGUCGACCCCUGGCUUUUAGCCCAUAGGACAUGCCCCAUGUGCAAGUGUCACAUUCUGAAAACUUAAGAAACCCAGAGAAUCUCCUGAAGAUGUAACUGAGUCUUACCAAAGGUUACAAUGAAGAUGAAUUCU